UAUCGUUUUUUUUUUCUUUAUCUGGAAACAGUGUGAGAUAUGGAUUCAGGAUUCGUCCACAUCAUUCCUUCCUCAAGACAUGCAGGUGUCAUGGUAAGACUGAGAAUGAAAAGAGUUACGGCGAAUUCGAUGAAGAGAGAGAUAGUGAGUACACUUUUGUGAGUGCUUUAAGUAUGAAUGGAGGAGAUGGAGACAACAGUUACUCCACCAAUUCUCUUCUUCAGAGAAGAGUGCUAGCAAAGGCUAAGCCGGUUUUGGUUAAGAACACAAAGGAACUGAUGAUAGACUUGAACUUUCCUAAUUACAUUAAAGUAGCUGAUUUGGGUUGUUCUUCGGGACAAAACACGUUCUUGGCAAUGUCUGAAAUCAUCAACAUAAUCAAUGUGUUCUGUCAAAAGUGGAACCAGAACCCACCAGAAAUAGAUUGUUGUUUCAACGAUCUCCCUAAUAACGAUUUCAACACGACGUUCAAAUCCAUACAUUUAUUCAAAGAGAAGAACCUCACAAGUUUUGAAUCAUACUUCGUUUCUGGAGUCCCCGGUUCUUUCUACUCGAGGCUCUUCCCUCGUAAGAGUCUCCAUUUCGUACAUUCCUCUUAUGGUCUCCAUUGGCUCUCUAAGGUUCCUAAAGGACUUGAAAAGAACAAGACGAGUGUGUACAUCACAAAUUCAAGUCCUAUAAGUACAUACAAGGCUUACUCAAAUCAGUUCCAAAGAGAUUUCACGACAUUUCUUAAAUUGCGUUCUGAAGAGAUGAUUUCAAAUGGACGUAUGGUUCUCACUUUCAUCGGUAGAAACAAUAUGGAUAAUCCAUUGCAUAGAGAUUGUUGUCACUUUUGGACAUUACUAUCAAAAUCCCUUCGUGACCUAGUCAUCGAGGGUCUUGUGAGUGCUUCGAAGGUGGAUUCGUUCUACAUGCCGUUUUAUGAUCCUAGUGAAAAAGAAGUAAAAGAAAUCAUAGGGAAAGAGGGUUCCUUUGAAAUCAAAGAUUUAGAGACACAUGAAUACGAUAUUGGCCAUUGUAACCAAGACGAGGCAAAGAGGAGUAAAUCAGGGCAAAAUGAAGCCAAUUAUAUUAGAGCGGUGUGUGAACCAUUACUUGUGGCUCACUUUGGAGAUGCCACUAUCUACACAUUGUUUAACAAGUUCGCAUAUCAUGUGUCUCAACAUGCUGAUUGCAGAAACAAAACGACCGUUAGUCUAGUUCUUUCAUUGACUCGGAAAUAAGCUUUUCUCAUCUAAUAAAGUUUAUUCUUAGCGAUAUGUAGGCUUAUAUCUUGUAUAUUAUACUAUUUUGUUUAAAUUUGAAAUUAUAUUAAUCAACUAUUAUCUACAACAAUAAUUUGGGCUUAC